AUGUUCAUGAAGACUUUCCUCCUCUUAGCCUUAGGCGUUCAAGCUCUAUCCCUUCCCGGUACCGACGAAGCCCUCGAAAAACGCUCUUCUCGCGCCUGGAUCGGCUCUUUCGACAGCGACGACACAACCUGUUCCAAUACCUCCGUGUUCCAAGACAACUCAGCAUUGCCCCAUGCCGCAUGCGUGCCAUUUCGGCUCCAGGGCGGUAGAGUGGGCGGCCGCUGGGGCAGUGGUAAACAUGAGAUCAACGUCAUACAGGCUUUCGAGGACACUGGUUGUCAGGAAGCCCAAGUGAGCUUUACCAGGAUUGGGGCAGAGAAGGGCUUUUGUGUGGACUCCAGUAUGUGGGACUGUGAAGGGGGGCUGGACAGUAAGCGUGAAGGUGUUUUCUAUGUCCAUUCCCUGCAUGGACUGAAAUACUCUGGAUCCGGUUAUACCGACACUGAGGUCGAUGCCUAUACUGAUGCCGAUAGCUAUGCCCAUACUGAUGGCGACACCGACACCGACACCGAGAACUCUAGCAUAGAUGACCCAUGGCCUAAGGCUACGAUUAGGCUGGCACACUUCUCUGUCAAAGAGUACCUGGUCUCGGACAGCAUCCGGCAUGGAUCCGCAAUUGACUUUGGCCUACAAGAGAUUGACUCCAACGAAUCUAUGGCUGAAGAUUGUCUUGCAUACCUUCUAUACUUUAUCAAACUAGAAGUUCUGACAUCCGUGAGCCUUAGAGAGUACCCUCUAGCUCAAUAUGCCAUGGCAUAUUGGUUUGAACAUGUUCGAAUCGCCCAGAGCAGCACGAGCUCAGCGCUUCCGCUCGCUCAAGAGCUGUAUUUGUCAAAGAAAGACUCGCUCGUCAAAUGGAUUCGGCUCUAUGAUGCGGACCCCCCUGGCCACUGGGGACCAAUCCGUAUCCUAAGCUCGAGGGAAGAAUCGCAACACAUUGGUCUUCCAAUGUACUAUGCAUCAUUGCUUGGCCUGCUCGGGUGA